AUGAGAAAUAAGAAGCGAAAAUUAGAUGAUAUUACAUGGGAGCAUUGUAAAAAAGUGAAUGAGGAAAGUAGAUUGCAUCUUACAUGUAACUAUUGUGGUAUACCAUAUUGGGGUGGUGUAAUACGAAUGAAAAAUCAUCUUGCUAGAACCCAUAUCCAAGUUAAGCCAUGUAGUCAAGUUCCCGAAGAUGUUAAAAUGAAAUUUCAAGAGUUGUUGGUAGCAAAGAAAGUUAAUAAGGAUGAUGAUGAUGAUGAUGAUAUGGUUGACAUUUUUAAACAGCAAGAUGUUAAUCCCAAUACGGGUAAAAUUGACAGUUUUCUUAGUAAGGGAAAAAAAGGAAGUGGUUCUAACUCUAAGCAAAGAACUUUAAAUGAAGUUGUGAAGGAUAGGGAAAAGGUAAUUCAAGAUAUAUGUAGGUGUCUUUAUGGCAAUGUAUUACCAUUUAAUUUAGUUAAAAGUCCUCUUUUUGUUGACAUGUUAAAGUUAGUGGGAGAUUAUGGAAGGGGAUUGAAACCUCCUACUUAUCAUGAAGCAAGAGUUUCUUAUUUGAAGAGAGAGGUUGAUCUUGUGGAAGAAAAACUUGGAAAGUAUAAAAAUGAGUGGAAAAAGAAUGGUUGCACAUUAAUGUCAGAUAGGUGGACAGAUGGAAAGGGUAGAUCACUGACUAACUUUCUUGUCAAUAGUCCAAGUGGGACAGUUUUUUUGAAAUCUAUUGAUACCUCCGAAUUUAUAAAAAAUGCUCAAAAAAUGUUUGAGUUACUUGAUAGUGUUGUGGAGGAGAUAGGAGAAGAGCAUGUUGUACAAGUGGUAACUGACGGAGCAUCCAAUUAUGUAGCUGCCGGUAGAAUGUUAGAAGAGAAAAGGAGAAAGCUAUUUUGGUCUCCUUGUGCGGCUCAUUGUCUUGACUUGAUUCUUGAGGAUAUUGGAAAGAUUGCGGUAUUCUAUGACACCAUUGCAAAAGCCAAGCAAGUCACAAGUUUCAUUUAUAGGCAUACAUGGGUGCUUAAUUUAUAUAGAAAAUUUUCAAAGGAUAAAGAGCUAGCAAGACCGGCAGUAACAAGAUUUGCAACAUCUUUUCUCACAUUGAGUUGCAUUAUGGAUAGUAAACUAGCUCUUAGGUCCAUGUUUGCAUCAGAAGAAUGGGCAAAUAGUACACAUGCUACUACAGUUAAGGGGAAAAAAGUGGUGGAUAUUAUCUUGAGUGAUACAAGAUUUUGGAAAUCCAUCCAAUUUGCCUUGAAAUGUGUGGAUCCACUAGUGGAGGUUUUGAGGCUUGUAGAUGGUGAUGCGAAACCAGCAAUAGGAUACAUCUAUGAAGCCAUGAGAAGAGCAAAGAAUCAAAUUGCAAAGAAUUUCAACAAUAUCAAUAUAGAGAAAUAUGGAAGAUAA